GUCCAGUCCCAGUCAGUCGUACGUAGUUCGUUGUGAUCAAAGUCUGCAGCUGCUUCUAAAAAUGUUCACAAUUCUUCGGAAACGAUCAAAAAUGUUAAAAUUUUGAAGCAAGUCACUGAACAGUUCGUCUUCACCACUGAUCAACCACAUACGAAAUUGAUAAGUUGUUGUCUCCCAAUGAUUGAUUGACAUCCUCCUCUGCUAACUACUCGCCCUACAUGCAUUGUCUUUUGGUAUUUGGUUCUGAAUUAAUAAGCAAAUCAAAUACGCUGCCUAAAUUUCGAAAAUUUCAAACUGAAAAUUUACGAAAGAAGUACCACCAUUUUGGUGAAUGACUGACUUGGUAUGAGUUUUAUAUUGCAAGAAAUAAUUGACCGAGUCCCGAGGAGUAUCGACCAAACGACGAUUCUCCGUUGCUGAAUGACACCCGUUUUUCAUCUUACGACAAUUUCCAUCAAUUUGAUGCUUAUGGUUUGAAAAUGAUGGAACACGAGAAUGAAAAUGAAUGCACUUCCACAUCUACUGACGAUGUAGAGAUGAUGAACUCUAAGUCUAUCGCACCCAGUGGUAAUGAUAUUACCAAUUCGAUUAAUGACAAUGACGACCGUGACAGUGAGGUGACCUCCAUGAAUAUGAAGAAUGGUGACAGUGAGGAAAAGAUUGUCGUCGCCAGUGAUAACGAAGUUAAUAAUGACAUAAUUAGUUCUUCCUCCCCCACUAACGACAUUGAUGAUGAUAACCGCGUAGUGAAUUCUCCAGAACCUGAAGACUUGACAAUUGACGAAGGAGACUCGGCUGUAAUGCAUGAUGACGCCGAUGCGAAUAAUGAGGAUAAUAAUGAGGAUGUGGACAUGUAUAGCGAUAUCUGUCCUGCACCAGUUGUGAUUGAAAAAACUGAAACUGACGAAAAGGAAUCUGAGCAAAUAGAUCCUCUUCCUUUGGAGAAGAUUGCAGAUGACGAAAGUCCAAGUUCCCCACCACUUGAAAAGUCAGAAGAGGACAGCCCCACGUCUCCCCCGGUGGAUACUACGCAAGAUAAUCCUUCCUCUCCACCCAGUCAUGCCUCUCCCCUUCAAGACGGCCCCUUAUCUCCUCCAGCCGCUGCCGACGAAUCGCAAGAUGGUCCUAGUUCACCUGAUGAGCAAGUGGUGCGUCCAUCCUCAGCAGAAAUUGCAAGCCCUUCUCCAAAGCCCUUAAAUGAAGACAGUAGCAUUUCUUCAGACUUUCAGAAACACGAAGAGUCAAUAUUAUCCCAAGAAGAUAUUAUUAGUGAAAAUAAUGACGAUGACGAUGAUGAUGGCAAUGGCGACAAUAAAGGCUCUCAGUCUCCGGACGUGUCAAAUCUCAUGAUUGGUACACCUAUUUCCCUUGAAGAAUCUCAGUCACAACCUUCCCCUCCUGUUCUCACGGUUAAAAAGAAGGCUGAAAAAGUGUUGGUUGUUAAGAAAACGGACGACGAUGAGGAAAUCGAGGAGGGGGAAGAUCUUGAGGAUGGUGAAAUCAUGGACGAAGAAGAGGAGGAGCAAAUGGAGGUUGAUGAAGUAAAACAAGUGGCAGCCGUGGUGGUGCCUCCCCAGAGGUCGAGCAAGAAAGAAUCUUCAAAGUCGUCCUCCAAAAGCAAAGACAAGUCCUCGGACAAAAAGAAGAGAGAAAAGGAAAAAGAAAAUGUGGACGAACUGGAUCCCGUGAAGCGUCUUCUUGCAGAAGUCAGAGAAAAGGACAAUCGUGAGAGAGAGGAGAGAGAAAAACGAAGAAAAGAGAAGAAGCGUUCGCACAAAGAUGACAAAGAGAAGCCACCAAAGGAAAAGGAAGUGAAUACAAAAAAGAAGAAACGACGAAUGACGGAAGAGGAAGAGGAAGGUGAAGAAUUUCUAUUUGUCCGGGGAGCUUCUCCUUCUGCUGGGCCUGUUGGUGGCAGUGGGGACACAGAGAAUUGGGAUCAGAUUGAUGAUCGACGUGGAGGUAAAAGGAGGAGGGAAAGUGACGAUGGUGCAAGUCCUGGUCAUCGCCAUCGGCGGGGUGGACAUGAAGGAAGCAAUUCCCCAACCAGGGCUAAUAGGAUCCCAGAUAGGCCAACCAGCAAAAGGCAAGAAAGACGAGAACCAAAGUCUGACGUGAUUUGCGCGUAUUUUAUGCAGGGAAAAUGUCAAAAGUCUGCCGAACAAUGCAAUUUCUCUCAUGCUGCCAUCCCCCCCAGAAAAAUGGAGCUCUGCAAAUUCUGGAUGAUGGAAUGUUGUGCCAAGAAAGAAAAAUGCUUGUAUUUACAUAAUGAUUUCCCAUGCAAGUACUUCCACACUGGGUUGGUAUGUCGACAGGCAGAUAAAUGCAAAUUCAGUCAUAAUCCUUUGAGUGAUGUUACGAAACAAGUUUUGCUUAAACACAUCGAAACUGCUCCAAAGGAGAUUCUAGGAGACUUUCCUCGGCUAAACCGAACCGGUGCUCUUAAUUUGAUCAAUAAAAUGGAAGCAAAACUAAAGGGACUUCCUUACGACGAGGAGGAAAACAAUGAGAAUGACAUGAUGCAGCAUGGCGGACCUCCUCAUGGUCACGGCGGCCAAGAAGGUCAUGAUCGGCAUGGACCUCCUCCUGACCGGCACGGUCACCAGGAUCGUCAUCACGAUAGAUCAAGGGAAACCCACAGGGGUCAUUUUGGCGGACCAGGUCACCACGAUAACAGCCGUGGAAGGCGCGGAGGUCACGAUCAUCGUGGUGGAGGAGAUAGGGGAGGCGGCGGCGGUGGACCUCCUGACAAUCACAGAGGAGGGGAUCGAGAUAGGCGUCAGUCCCGAUGGGAACAGUCACAGCCGACACGAGGAGAUCAGGAGAAACUUCAAGAGUUGAUGAGCGAGGCUGGAAUUUCUGGAUAUUACAAGGAUACCAUGGGAGGAGAAGAGCCCUCUUCACGAUCAAAUCAAGGACAACCUCCACUGAUGUCAUCCGUCCCAACGACUCAGUCGCAAAUGUUUCCCCCUCAGAUGCAAAACAUGCAACCCCCACUUCUCUCGAUGUUGCCACCAUUUUUACCACAAAUGUUAUCACAGGGACAAGGAAUGCCAUCAGCGGUCAAUAAUCCAGCCCUAGCAAGUGUCUUGGCUCAACUGCAGAUCCCAAGCUCCAGUAUUGUUCCACCCAACAUUCCAUCGUUUCCACCACCAAUUGAUACUUCCUCCCCAAGUCAUCAAAAUGACGACAACCAUUCUCAGAACAAACCUUCUGAGAGCAGUAUUCCAGACAAUUUGCCAAAGAUGCAGAGAGAGCUGUUUCAACGAAUUCAGCAGCAACAGAAGAAGAAUCAAAACAAAGUGCAAACACAAGUGAGUUCUGAACCGGAAGAACCGGAAGAGAAUUGGUACUCUGAUGACGAGGAAGAGGAUUCCAAGAAAAAAGAAGAACGAAAGGCUGAAAUAAAUGACCAAAUCAGUUCUGUGCUCAACCAAAUCCGUCAACAGACUCAACAGCAGCAACAACAACAAUCAUCUAAUACGAAGGAACCUGAAAGCCUCAAAACAUUCUUUGGAGAUACUGAUUUACGCUCCAACACAGCUUCUUCUUCCACAGAUUUCAAAGAUAUUGACCUAAGAACGAGCUCCAGCCUAUUCAAAAAAGUGAAUAUUCUACCAGCCACGGAAAUCAACGCAUCAUUGUCGUCACAUGAGCCUAUGGUGUAUAGGGCCUACGUUGUGGUUGGAGCCAAGGAAAAGCCAGAUUACAGCUCCGUUCGACAAACACUUACUCCCCAAGCCAUCCUAAUGGAUCCACGUCUCGGACCUCGAAAGCGAAGCAAUUCUAUCCCCGCACCAGAAUCUCCCACCGAUCAGUCCUCCGAGAGUGUCAACCAACCCUUGAGUAUACCCGACGUCACUCCAGUCUUUGACCCACGGACAAUGAAAAGUGGAAAUCAGCCACCAGGGGGAGCAGGAGGAAGAGGACUAUUGGAUACGCCAAAUCCAUUCGACAGUAACAGCAUGUCCGGAAUGAAUAUGCAAAUGAACGACUUUAAUAAUCCAUUCAAUAGAGAUCCUCGUGCCCAAGGUGGGUCUAAUAAUCCCCACCAACAACAGCAACCCCCACCAAACCCAGCUACAGCAGCCCAACUUGCUCAGAACUUUGCGGCUGUGUCAGCCUUAAUGCAGCAGCAGUGGCCAAAUGGACAACCACCGAUUGACCCCAGCAGUCUAUUCAUGCUCGGCUUUCCCUUCCUUCCCCAAGCUCAGGGGGCUGGUGGUAACCAACCACAAAAUCCUGGGCUCGACUUUAAUAUGAUGCAAAACCAUGGUGGGAUGAGAAUGCGACCUCCCUUCAUGCCAGGAAAUCAGUCGCAACAACAACAACAGCCAUCCGCCCAAUCACAGCAACAAGCCCCACCUGCCUCAUCCUGGGAACGAUUCAACAGAGGACAAGGGAAUUUGUCGCCCCCCUUGUAACCGAUGCACAAUACAUACGCAUCACAGCUAUUAGAUUACUACUGACAGUAGACACUUUUUGAUUUCACAUUGCAGCCCCUCCCCCUUUACACCCUUCUUUCAAAUAAUUUACGUACUCAAACUCUUCUUAAAUAUGUACUCACCAUUAUCAAAAACGUUGUGAUUUGUUAUGUUGUUGUGGAAUAACUGACUUUUAGAGAAAGUAUAAUUAGGAAGAAACUAUUUAGCAUCUUAUUACAUGUUAUCCUAAUUUACUACUUUAUUUAUGUCGUACAUACGUCGUCAUUAACUUAUUUAAAGUGCACAUAGUAUGUCUUUUCUACAUGAUAUAUGUAAAUUAAAAUAUUUAUAUUUAAUGUGUUAUUCGGAUGAAUAAAAGUUGUAUAAAAUGCA